AUGACGGGCCGGCUCUACGACUUGGGUGCUUCCAAGUAUGGGAAUCAAGAUGAGUUGAAGGCGCUGAUCGGCGCUUUCCACGACAAGGGAGUCAAAUGCGUGGCCGACAUCGUCAUCAACCAUCGUUGCGCAAACAAGCAAGACGGGAGAGGCAUAUGGUGCAUCUUUGAAGGCGGAACCGAUGAUGCCCGCCUCGAUUGGGGUCCACACAUGAUCUGUAGGGACGACACACAGUACUCCGACGGCACCGGCAACCUCAACACCGGCGAGGGCUUCGCGACGGCUCCCGACAUCGACCCUACAGAUCAUGUGUGGACCCCAAUCGAGGCGGGCAUCAUCGGUUCCGCCUUCGAAGGUGCACCAUAUGCCUCUCCCGUCUUGCUUGUCUGCGCAACGAUGGUUGAUGACGAUGUCGGCCACGCAUUUGACUCCCUUGUCGUGGAAAGCGUCGAUCAGCGCCUUCAACUAAUCCUGAUUCCCAUACUUGGAAAGCGCUGA